UAUUUAAUUGGAUAUUAGUUGGGACAUAUUAUUGAUUUGUUUAAUGAAAUUUAAUUCAUAAGGAAUUAUCUAGUCCAGGGGUGCUCAAUGCGUCGAUCGCGAGGCAUUUUUAGUCGAUCGCGAGGCAUUUUUAGUCGAUCGCCAGGCAUUUUUAGUCGAUCGCGACGGUGUGCCGACAAAAAAAAAAAAGACAGCCGUAUUUUUCUGACCAUAAAUUCAUUGCGCAUGUGCAAACAACGACAGUACAGGAAAACACGCUAGCAAGUGAGUUGCCCCGUAUUUUACGCUCUUGGAUAAGAAAUCUUAAACAUGAGUAUAGAUGCUGCAGUAAAUAAGAUAAAAACGUAUCACUUUCAUACUGAAUGUGAGGCGGACAAUUUUUUUACGAUGUCAUUUUCGAGGUGUAUUUGCCUCAUCUGCCAGUGUAGUGAAAUGUGGAGCAGCAUUUCCAAACUAUUUAUGAAAAAUAUGACACCGACAUUCCGCCGAAAAGCAAGCUGAGAAUGAGAAAAGUGAAUGAACUAAAAUCCCCACUGGCCACACAGCAGUCACUUUUCACACAAUAUAGUUCAACAGCGAAAGCUGCCACUGAAAGUUCGUUUCUGGGUUCAUCACAGCAUUGUUAAUAACGAGAAUUCCUUCCUAGACAAUCUUUUAAAAAUAAGGCGGAAAUAUUAUCUUCAAUGAAAUCUCUGCGGCUGUAAAGGAGUACAGUUACACAGCGCUGCAAAGUCAUGGCUGAUGUGUGGAAGGACAUCGGAGAUUGUGUUUCUCAUUGCAGUUGGACGAAUCCACUGAUUUGUCAAAAUGGUGGGUGCAGGUCGCUUACCUUGACUACCGUUUACCUGUGGUGAUUCAUUCAAGUCCAGGGUUGGUUUUGCCUCGAAUGAACUUCAAUGACAAGGAGGGACAAACAAGGUUUGCUGCUAAGCUCAUUGCAGGUGUUUUGGAUUUCAAGACAAUGAUUGACAAUGAGACGAUACCUGUGGAGUACCUGGGAGGAAAGCCACUGUGUAUGAAUCAGUACUAUGAAGUGCUAUCAUCCUGCCGCCUCCCUGGUGUGAGAAGGGAUGCUGUGGUGAACCAUGCAAAAAGCUCCAGUCCCCCUAAACACAUCACUGUUGUACAUAAUUUUCAGUUUUUCAUGCUGGAUGUGUACAACAGUGAUGGGACGCCACUGACAGUUGAACAGAUCUAUGUUCAACUCGAGCGGAUCUGCAGCGCCUCAUUAAAGACAAACGUAGAGCCUGUGGGCAUCCUCACCACUCAACAUCGUGACAUCUGGGGCAAGACCUUCGUUAACCUCAUCAAGGAUCGAACCAACAAAGAAUCCGUGUUGGCUAUUCAAAGAAGCAUAUUCACUUUGUGUUUGGAUGGGCCGAUGCCUGAAGUGGCAGAAGAUGGUUAUCGCAGCUGCGCUGCAGCGCAGAUGUUGCAUGGAGGAGGGAGUCUGUGGAACAGUGGCAACCGCUGGUUUGACAAGACCCUGCAGUUUAUUAUUGGGGAAGAUGGAACAUGUGGUGCCAACUAUGAGCAUGCCCCAGCAGAGGGCCCACCCAUUGUAGCCCUGAUUGACCAUGUUGUGGAAUACACGAGGAAGCUCGAGAUGAUUCAGUCUUCCACAGGGCCUCUGCCUAUGCCCAAAAAGCUGCACUUUAACAUCACACCUGAGAUCAAGAAGGACAUUGAAGAGGCCAAACAGAGUAUGGAUGUAUUGGCUGAUGACCUGCUUAUGAGAGUUAUUGUCUUCAACCAGUUUGGGAAAAAUUUUGCAAAAGCCCACAAGAUGAGCCCAGAUGCAUUUAUACAGGUGGCAUUACAACUGGCUUACUACAGAAUGCAUCAGCAUUGUUGUGCAACAUAUGAAAGUGCCUCUCUGCGGAUGUUUAGACUUGGUCGUACUGAUACAAUCCGAUCAACCUCGAGUGCCUCUGCUGCUUUUGUAAAAUCUUUUGAUGAUCCAGACAAACAGAACACAGAGAAGGUGGAUCUCAUGGAGAAAGCUGUAAAAGCACACAGGUCAUAUACAAACUUGGCAAUCAGUGGUCAAGCCAUUGACCGACACAUACUGGGUCUUAAGAUGCAGGCUGCUGAGGAAAAGAUCUCAAUUCCUGAUGUCUUCAAAGAUCCAUCCUAUGCCAAAGCUUUACACUUCCGCUUAUCUACAAGUCAGGUACCAUCCAAGACUGACUGCCUCAUGUGUUUUGGCCCUGUUGUACCUAAUGGGUAUGGCGUUUGCUACAAUCCCAUGGACGACCACAUCAACUUUGCAGUAUCAUCUUUCAAUGGGUGUAAAGAAACAAAUGCAGCUGGUCUGGCUCAAGCUGUGGAGAGUGCACUUCUUGACAUGAGGACACUGCUGGAACAAACUCCACGAGCCAAACUGUGAUGUUUGCUCGAGAUCUCUUUAUUAGAUUGAAUUAAAUUGAAGAUUAGAAUGACUUGAAGUAACUUGAAAGGAAUUGUCACCAUUUCCCGGGUCUUUUUAAAGUACGUAUUUUAUAGACAUGUUCUUUAGCAUGUGAUGAACAGAGUUCAUAUGUUUAACAAUGUAAAAUCAUCAAACAAAAUGAAAUUAUGGUAUUUAUAUAUAUAUUUUGGCUGUUAACUCAAUCUGAAACGGGAGACAACGAUCGAGUGGUAAACUCAAUAUAAUGAGAUUGUAUAAUACCUAUAGAUAGAAAUCUCACUACUUUCUGCAAUUAGUACAUGUCCUAUGCUGAGAAUUUAUGCUCCAGUGGUCAUAUUUUUUGUUUUCCUUAUCCCCACUAAGGUAGAAGGUUUUAUCGUCUUCCCACUGAGAUAGAAGAUUUCAUCAUCUUUACCUGUUUUAAAGACUGUGCCUUCAACUUCAUUGUCACUGGAAAGGCUUAUGUGGCAUGGAUAUUUACUUUGACUGGUCACAUAGCAUGUUUUAUGUACAAGUUGGGAGCUGCAGUGCAUUUAAUAAAAUCGUGUUUCUUUGAAA